UUUCGUCGGGCAUCUUCGGGGCACUCACGAUGAUUUUUUGCGCGAUAACGAGGACGGUGAUAAGCGCCCUGAUUGUACUGGGCGUUGUGGACCUUGUGACCGGUAACGUUGGUGAUAUGGUGGCCCACUCGAGGAACAAGAACCGGGGGAAAGGGAGCAUGUGGUGGGGAAUAGCCAAAGCCGGAGAACCAAACAACCUCUCGCCCCUCUCACCAGGAACGCUCUACAUGGACGCCUCCGUUCACGGCACACUGAGAAGGAAACAACGCAGAUUGGCAAGAGAAAAUGCCGGGCUCCUAGAGGCUAUAGCCAAAGGCGCGAAUUUGGCUAUAAACGAGUGCCAGUACCAGUUCCGCAAUCAACGAUGGAACUGUUCCACUCGCAAUUUUUUAAGAGGAAAAAAUCUAUUCGGGAAGAUUGUGGAAAGAGGUUGUCGCGAGACAGCUUUCAUUUACGCGAUCACCAGCGCCGCCGUCACCCAUUCGAUAGCCAGGGCGUGCAGCGAGGGUGCCAUAGAGACGUGUUACUGUGAGAAACACAGACGUCCUCAGGUUUUCGGAAACGGCAACGCGGCGAUGUCGAACGUCAGAGAUUUCGAAUGGGGCGGCUGUUCGGACAACAUCGGCUUUGGAUUCGACGUCAGUCGCGAAUUCGUCGACACCGGGGAGAGGGGCAAAAGUUUACGGGAGAAAAUGAAUCUACACAAUAACGAAGCAGGCCGUAGGCACGUUCAGUCUCAGAUGAGACAGGAAUGCAAAUGCCACGGCAUGUCCGGCUCCUGUACCGUGAAAACUUGCUGGAUGCGUGUGCCGAAUUUCCGCGUGAUCGGCGACAUCUUGAAGGACCGUUUCGACGGGGCUUCACACAUCGCGGGCUCCAACGUAGGCACCCCGCGCAACAACAAGGCUCACUCCAACAGGCUGCCGAAAAAUCCCAAGCUGAACGCGCUGAUGACCAACAGUAUCCACACGAAAAGGGAAAACCGUAGGAAGCACAAGUAUGGUUUCCAGUUGAAGCCGUUCAAUCCCGAACAUAUGCCGCCCGGCGACAAGGACCUGGUGUACUACGAAAUGUCUCCGGGGUUCUGCGAAAAGAACCCGAAGCUGGGCAUCCAAGGUACGCACGGUAGGCAAUGCAACGACGACUCGAUAGGGGUGGAUGGGUGCGAUAUAAUGUGUUGCGGCAGGGGUUAUCGCACUCACGAAGUCGUAGUGGUGGAAAGAUGUAACUGUACCUUUCAUUGGUGCUGUGAGGUGAAGUGUGACGUUUGCAGAACGAAAAAAACGAUCCAUACCUGCGUGUAGGUCGACGUUUUGAUAGGUCCUACGUAUCCGCCGGGUGCUUCCAAACAGUAUUAAAUGUAUCACGUAGACAUUGCGCAAAGACUGAUUCGAAUUUAUUAUUUUAUUUCUACAACUGGGUCCGAUAAAUUCCGGCGAUCUCUUGCGAAACGAAAAAUGUGUAUAUUGUUUUGUACAUGCGCCUUUAUGUAUAGCCAGCCCAUUGUGUGGUCGGGAUACUUGCCCAGUGAUAAAUUCGAUUACGAUUAAAUUAUUUAUUUUAUAUUACCGUUUAAACCGCUUCUAGUUAUUUUCAUUAUUUAUUGUUUUUUAUUGUAAAUAGAUCGAAAAUCAGCGUAGUAUCUCAGUUUCUGUAUUAUAGAGCUCACUAUUUAUGUGUCCGUUGUAUAGAAAUGUGGAUGAAAGCGGCGCGAAGAUCGACAUGCAAAAAUGAGGCUCGUCAUCACAUAACUAGACAAGUACUACUGAUUUGCGAUGGAACGAAACCUACUACGGUUGGGAAUGGUUAUAAUUUUUGAUUCACAAAAGGUCUCGGCAUAUUUUACAUCCAUUCUCUAACCUUUUUCUUAAAUGAGGGAUAAUUGUCUAACACUGUGGUCCUCUUGGCCUAUAACUAUGGCAACCAUUUUAAAGAUUGCGACACCUAUGGCUGUUUAUUCUCUCUUAUUGUAAGAACUAAUUAACGUUCUUAAUAAUAAUAAUGAUUAUAAAUGGGCCCUG